AUGGGUUUCCCAUUAUUGAGCAGAGAGCAAUUUCCGUGCUCAAAACCGAAGCACAGUACUCCUUGCUCUGCAAUUACAGAGAUAAGGAAGUGUACUCAGCUCGAGACGCCAGACAACAUAAACACUUUUGUACUCAAGGUCAACAGCUUCUUAGAAGUUAUUUUUGAAACUUUCAAUGAUCAACAGUUGAAUUUGUGGACAACAGAUAUUAGAGAAUGUAUAAACGCAUGGUCUGAUGGAGCUGAUGUGGAACUGCUUGCUGCCCCCCACUCUAACAGCAUACAGACAGUCUCUGUUGAUGGAAGCACAGAUUCUGCACACCAAGGAGCUGCCCAUCAUUGCUCGACAGAACAGCCCUACCAAAAGACGGACCGGCUGUUCUCAUCCUAUGCCUGGUUUCAUGGUCCGAUCUCUAGAUUUAAAGCAGCGCAGCUGGUACAGAUUCCAGGAACUGAGGGUCAUGGGGUCUUUCUUGUACGUCAGAGUGAAACCCAGCGAGGAGAGUAUGUCCUCACAUUCAACUAUCAAGGGAGAGCCAAGCAUCUCCGACUGCUCGUGACAGAAAGAGGGCAAUGCCUAGUCCAACACUUUUGUUUCCAGUCUGUCACAGAAAUGCUGAAUUAUUUUGGAAGGUUUGCAAUACCGUUGGAAUGUGGCACAACCUGUGAAGUCAAACUGUCAAGCUAUGUCGUGGCGUUUCCUCACCAGCAAGGAUCUCAUUCUCCAAUCAAUGCGUCAGUGUUGCCAUUUUCCGUUCACCGCUGGAAUUCUGAACCCAGUCUUGCUCACUUGGGUCCUUCCAGCUGCAAUGCAUCAGAGCCUCUUCUUUCCCGGCCAGCUCCAGAACAGGUAUUCCACAUGGUGCCCCCUGCUGAGGAAUCUCUUCCGGCUCUGCGGCGAAGUGGCUCAGUGGUUGUGCCGAUAAGGCACCAACGAGACUCAGACUAUGAAAUGGAAUCGGCUGCCAGAGGUCAUUCACGGGCCAUUGACAAUCAGUAUAUGUUUCUUUGAUUCUGUGGCCAAAGACAAGUUGGUAUACACUUGUGAAAGUGUGCCAUUAUUAGUUUUUCAACACUGAAACAUUUUCAGGUUUGCUUCAAAAACUGAAUGUAUUUCUGUUUCAGGGAGGCAGACGUAAGAAACCUUCAGGGCAAAUACGUGUUUGCUCUGAAAUGGGCCUCUUCUACAAUUAGGCCUGUUGAAGGGUCUGUUUACAAUAUUAUUAAGUUGUAUAGCUUUGUUUUGAAUUUGUCUUUAAAAAUUAGAUAUCUUGGAUUAUUAAUUGAAAAUAUAGAAAAUACAUUGUCCUUUAGUUUAAUUUUGCUUAUGUAAAAAUUGUAUAUGAAUUGAAUAUAAUUUUAAGCAUAUUUCUUUAUAUAUCUGUGUAUUUCCUGUAACCUUUCUAAAAUUAUUCUAUGAAAUACUUUAACUUAAUUGCUUAAUGACAGUAAUAUGCGAUAAAUGAAAAUACAGUUAUUGGGCUUGUUGCGUUUAAAAAUAAUUCUACAACUGUUUUGCUGUGUUUACAAGUCUCAGUUAAAGUAGAUUUCUUUAACUAGGAUAUACUCAUUCUUUGUGCUUUUCAUUUAAAGCUUAACUGACAGUUGUUAUGUACUUUAGUAAAUUGAGUACUCAAGUUAGAUUGUGAACACUAAGGUGAUCUAAUUUUGGUGAUUUUUUUUGUUUUGAAAAUUACAGGAUACAACCUGAUGUCUUAUUUUCCAUUAUGAUAGCAGCAGAGAAUUUCCCAUUAUGGGAUUAGGUACAUAGUUUCAGAUAGAAUUAUAUGAGCAAAUCUCCUGCAUUGCUGCUACUAGUAGGUUUCAUUAAGGCAGGAAUAUCAUGCCUAUAAAAUAGAAUGCAGGUACAAGUCUUUCUAAGGGAAGAAAUCUGAAAAAUGGUGGAUUUACAUGCAGGAUAGGUUGCAGACAGGAAAUCUGGCUUGCUGAAACAAAAACUGAGGAGGCUAAAAAUAUUCAACAAGUCUGGCUAUGGAGGGAGGAACAGUUAAUAUUUUCAAUCGGAAAAAUGACUGUCUUUGCAUUUUGUAAUCAAGUUAAUUAAGAAUUUGUAAACCGUGAGGAACUGAUAAUUGUUUGGGAAAGAUCAUUGGCCAUUUGUUAAGAGCUGCACACAGGCACUUGAAAAGUGUUUCCUUAAAUGUAGGAAUCGCUGUUUGAAAUUGUUUAUAAUUUCCCUACAUUUGCCCCAAUCUUAGAUCUUUUCCGUUGCCUUAAAUUAUAUCUGUUGCUUAUAGUUGCUGUUUGUGGUCUAGUGAAGGUCUUGAGAAAGUGCAAAACCAGGAUGGGAGCUAAUCAUCAUGGGAAGGAUGGUCCAAUCACAUUUGGUUAGCAUAGCGUUGCCUAGUAAACUUUGAGGGCACAAUAAAGUUACUUAAGCUUUAAGUGGUACAUGAAAUAUGUGGUUAACUAUCAUAUAUAUCACUUUGUUGACAAUUAUAUAUAUUUCUAGGUCAUCCAAUAAAGAAAACUGGUCUAAGUCUUAAGUACCCGAUGAUCCAUCUGCCAAAAUCAAUUAACUUACCAUUACCUCCGAAAGGCACAGCAAUGACAUCUUAUAGACUUAAAGGGACAUAGAAAGUUACACACCAUUGUACUUCAGCAGAAUGAUGCACUGUGUAUUGGAUGGCUAAUUUUUUUGACUUUUUAAAACAAUGUUCUUUUGAUCUACCUUUUACAGUACCAUAUUAAUAUGAAACUGUUAGUAAAUUUUAAAGUGUAAGCAGUUCAUCAGUUACAAUGUUACAAUUUGGAAAACAGCAUAACCCAACAAUCUUGCUUAAUCUUAUCAGCAGAGUGUUCAUUCAGUUAAUAAGAAUAAGUGUAUUUCUCCAGCUAGUGCUUUUUUUGUAAAAAUUUAAUUAUGCUAUUAGUUUUUUUGAGUCAGUCAAAAGUCCUGCUUGGACAUAUGACAAUGCAUGUUGGCUGCCUGUGCUCAGUAUAGAAUUUUGCAGGUAGUUGGAGACCACUGGAUAAAAAUAGGAAAGAACUCGGGGAUGUUUAACAGCUAAAAACAUUACCAACCAUAAAACUGUAUUUUAUAGAGUCAGCAUGGAAACAGACGUUUCAAUCCAAUGUGUCCAUGCUGACCAGAUUUCUCAAACUAAACUAGAAACACUUGCCUGUGUUUGGCCCAUAUGCCUCCAAACCUUUCCUAUUCAUGUACCUAUCCAAAUGUCUUUUAAAUGUUGUAAUUGUACUUGCAUCCACUACUGCCUCUGGCAGUUUAUUCCAUGUACGGCCCACACUCUAUGUGGAAAAAGUUGCCCUUCAGAUCCCUUUUAAAUCUUUAUCCUCUCACCUUAAAAAUAUACCCCCUAAGUUUUGAACUCCCUCCACCCUGGAGAAAAGACCCUUGCUAUUCACCUUACCUGUGCCUCUCAUGAUUUUAUAAACCUCUACAAGGUCACUCCUCAAACUCCAAUGCUCCAGUGAAAGAAAUCCCAGCCUAUUCAGCCUCUCCAUAUAACUCGACCCCUCUAGUCCUGGCAACAUCCUGGUAAAUCUUUUCUGAAUCCUGUCCAAUGUAAUAAUUGCUAUAGGAAGGAUGAGUGACCAGAACCAUACACAGUGCUCAAAAAGUGGUCUCACCAAUGUCCUGUACAAUGUGACAUCCUAACUCACCUGUGAUGCAACUUACAAAGAACUAUGUACCUGAACCCCGAAGUCUCUUUGUUCGACAACACUACCCAGUCUUUCUCAUAGGAUCAUGUUUUGCCAUUGACGUAAGCCUUGGCAAUAUGAAGUAGCUCAUGGGGUUGAGAAUAAAGGAAAAGAUUUGUUUCAUAAUUUAUAUAAAUUUCCAUGACAGUUCAGUCACUGCCUGGAGGAAUGACACCACACUCUGCAGAUCAAGAGGUCAAUUAGCUCUUUUUAACAAUUUCCACAACAAAAAAUGUAAUUAUCCUACUAAUUACUUAUGUAGUGUGUUUCAUGACUACUUAAAGUGAAAAUACAUCAAUUUCAUGAAAAUCAUGUGAAAGUUAAAAGUGAGAUAUUGUUUUUGUGAAGCUAACAGCAGAAUUUCUCAAACUUCCCAGCAAUGUGAGAUUUACAGUUCACAAAUUGACAAUUUAAUCUUUGGCCAGUUAAGAUGAUUUUAAAAAAAAAUUUUGCUAAUAUUCUCAGCAAUGUAGUAACUCCUUGGCGUAUUGUUCCAGGGAAAUUAGUCCCUCCAAUAUAUCAUACAGUCAUUGGCUCUCAUUUGGCUACACUGGUGAUGAUGAGCUACUUUAUAUUGACAAGGCAUACGUCAAUGGCAAAACAUGACUCUGUUAGAAAGAAGCAAGUUUCAGCAAGUUUGCAGGCACCAAGCAGUUUUAUUAGUUUAUUUACUUUGCUUAUCUUCAAUAAGUAACUUUUGGCAAACGUACUUUUGCAUUGAACUCUGCAUAGCAAUGACUUUGAUAAUAGGCUAAUAGAACACUAUUUCUUUUUGUAAAUUUGUCUUGCAUUUAUAUGAAAUAUGCCUUUAUUUCUGGAGCUCCUGCUGAUCGUCUACAUUUCCAACCAUUGCACAAAAUUAGCUUUUUAAAUUGAAUUACAAUGGCACUGUAGCUUUGGUUUCCUGUGGAUAGAAGUGUGGCUUUGAAAUUCAGUAACGAAAAUAUGUAAUAAUUUUUAAAUGUUAGAGUGCAUAGAGAAAGGAAGUUUGAGAGAAUUUUAAUAGUUAAACAAUAAAUUCAUUGAAAUUAUAAA